AUGAAUAUGGCUUUGAUGCAGACGACCGAUCUUUGUGAGUGUUGGUAUGACAUCAAGAAUCAAGAAGUGAGCGAAUGGUUCCGUGGCCGAGGAGAGGAGCUGAUCUACGCGCAGCUGGACGACCAGCUUACCGAGUUUCUGCGCGAGAAGUAUUUCGAAGGAAAGCUGCGGAGCUACGCCGUGAACGUGAUUCGUGCAGUGAAGUUCGAGGUGCCUGCAGAAAUGGGGCGUGACAGCCUCGGACGUGCCAGAAACGCGGUUGCGCGUUGGGAUGAUACUCCUUUUCUCGAGCCGGACACUACCAAGGUUCGGGCGGCUGUCCUCCAAGCGAUGGGCACGGCAGCAGUAUGCAAUGGCCUGGGAGAAAUGCUUGGCCUUGAACCACUGCUGCAACUGCGGGGAUCUUCCAGAAGUAUGCCGGCGGCAGUGGACAGUGCCCUCCAUCGUGUCUUCAAGGACCACUUCCCGCACAUCAGUGGUGAAGACUGGCGCGGAUGCACGCCUUUGCGGCAGGACCUGCAGAACUUCCUCGCACAGUGGAUGGUUCUGCCAGGCGAUGAGAGCAGCGAAGGAGGCACUGUGCCAGACCAUCCGGCUAUGCGGUUGGUCAUUCGCCACUCCGAGGCUUUGCUUCAGCUGGAGAUGGCAGGGUCAGCAGCCUUCCAGAUGGAAGGCAGUCUAGCACUCUUCGGGCACGAUCUGCUACAACUGAACUUGGACACCGUGGGCCUGUGGUUCAGGACGCCUGGCCGCACGGAUGUGCAACUCCUGCAAGACAACAACUUGAACCACAGCUUCGAGAGUGGCUCCGCGACACAAGUAGCUGCACUUGGCCAGAAGCUGCGGCGGUUUUUGGACCCUUGGCAAGCCCGUGAUGCAGUGCAGCUGCUGAACCCCACCUCUUUGUCCACCCUGUCAAUGCUAUUCCCGGAUGCCAAGUACGAUGUGGCUUUGGUCCAAGACACGUUUCAACACUACGACCUGCAGGCGCACUAUGCUUUGGAGGAUACGAACUUUCUGGAACAAAUCCGGGGCAGCCCGCGCGACUGCUACCUGUCGUACACGCUGAAAAGCAGCAGCAGAAUCUGCUCAUGUCACCACCUUCUCAAGACCCAGGAGCAUUUGGAUACGACUCGAGUGGAGUUUUACGAGGCGCAGCUGCGGGAGGCCCUGGCAACUGGUUCCCGUGCGCGGCCCACAGCACUCGUGCUUGACUUCUUCAAUGCUGGCCAAAUCCACGAGCCACAAGCCGAUGAGGGCGACGAGGUCAGAGGGCCAGGCGGACGUCGCCUCCAAAAACGAUUGCGAGAUGCUGUUGAGAAGGGGUACAUGGACCACAGUGUCAACCCACAUAGAACUUGGAUAUUGCUCGACGGCCACCACAAAGUGGAGGCAGCUGCGCGCUUGCGAUGUUCCGUGAACUUCCUCGUGUUUUGUCCCUGCGCGGAGCCGUACGAGCCGCUAAGUGACAAGGAGUUUUCGCCGAUCCUGGCCAGAGCUGCCACCUUCCCUCACGUUUGGCCAAGCCAAAGCAGUCCGAUUGCAGAGUGGGAGGUGGCACGCCAUUGCUCCUGCGUGGCGAUGCGCCUCAGCAGCUCGCGACAGCUUUCCGAGGCCUGGAUAUGCAGACAAGGUUGCAGCUGCUUUGAGGCGGAGGACAGUGGAUUUCCCCCAUGGGUCUACGGCAUGCUGAGGAUGAUGAACAGCAGCAGAAAUUCACCGAGUUCGAUGAGUAUGUUGAUGGAGCGUUGCAGAAGUCGGUUCGGAGAGGAAAGUGAGCUUUUCACAACCUAUCAAAAUGCAGACAUGGCAGCACUUCCGCAAGACCUGAAUCUGCAAGUGCUGCAGGACGAGCUUGUUGCGCAAGGCUACAUGCUUCGAGCAUGCCGGGAGGUGGCGCCAGACUACAAAAACGACACCUCACCAUGCCUGUGGCAAAGCCCCACUGCGCCUAGCCAGCAAGCCAUCGACACCUACGAGGUUUGGAAAGAAGGCUUCUUCUACGCAUGCGAACAGAGCGUAGCUCGACACAGCGACGCCUUAGCCGACGAACUGGCCGGCCGGCUCCGAAGCCUCAGCCGCGAGGAGCAGAAUCUGACACUUAUCGCGGAGGAGGUCUGCAAGACGACGGCCGCAUGCGGGCACAAGAACAAAGCAGAGGUGCUGCCCACGAAGGAUGGAGGAAAUGCAGCUGGUGCCCCAAAGAAGCCGGGCAAGAAAAAAGCUGGCAAGGGCUCUGGAGUCGCACUCGGCAUGCGCGAGGGUGCGACGGUUGGCACCGGGGUUCAACUUUUGGACGCCCAUGCCUCGCAGGCUGCGAAGAAGGUCGAUGGCGUGAACGGGACAGCCCCGCCGGGUACAACGCCGAUAGACAAGGAGGUAUGUGCUGCGAUGGCCACGAUGAUGAGCACGCACUGGGGAAAUCCGUCGUCCUCCCAUUUCUACGGCAUUCAGGCCAAGAAGGCGUUGGAAACUGCAAGGAGGCAGUGCGCAGAGCUCAUCGGGGCCGAGCCAGGAGAGAUCACCUUCAUGUCGAACGGAACCGAGACCAUCAACCAAGCCUUGAAAGGCUUGGCCGACAUCGGCGAGAAAGAAGGCAGAAGACACUUCAUCACACAGGCCACGGAACAUGUGGCGGUGCUUGAGGUCUGCCACGCCUUGGAGCAGCGAGGCUGCAAGACGCCGAAGGCCGAAAACAUGCGCGACUGUCAAGCUCAAGCUUUUGCAGUGCCUGUGUUUGUCCCUGGAGCGUGGCGUACACUAAGUGAAGUGGUGAAGCAAAAUGCUUUCGCGCCGCGCGUCGGACUUGUUUCGGCCUUGUUUGGGCCUUCAGGCCUGGUGAACCCGGCUGCCGUGGAGGUGGGCUCCGACAACAUGUGGAAGCGAGCCGCGAGUCUCGGAGAGCUAUAG